GAUCGUAAGCUGUCAAAAGUGGAACGUCAGCGCUUUAAGGAGGAAGCAGAGAUGUUGAAGGGUCUUCAACAUCCCAACAUUGUGCGUUUCUAUGACUUCUGGGAGUCUCCCAUGAAAGGAAAGAAGUGCAUUGUAUUAGUGACCGAACUCAUGACAUCAGGAACACUAAAAACAUAUCUAAAGCGUUUCAAGGUGAUGAAACCCAAAGUGCUGAGGAGCUGGUGCAGACAGAUACUGAAAGGCCUUCACUUUCUUCAUACCAGGACCCCUCCCAUCAUUCAUAGAGAUCUCAAAUGUGAUAACAUCUUCAUCACUGGACCUACAGGCUCGGUCAAGAUAGGGGAUUUAGGACUGGCAACUCUUAAGGCUGCUUCCUUUGCCAAAAGUGUCAUAGGAACCCCAGAGUUUAUGGCACCAGAGAUGUAUGAGGAACACUAUGAUGAGGCAGUGGAUGUCUACGCCUUUGGCAUGUGUAUGCUAGAGAUGGCAACCUCAGAGUAUCCCUACUCAGAGUGUCAGAAUGCUGCUCAGAUAUACCGCAAAGUCACUAGUGGAGUGAAGCCAGCCAGCUACAACAAGGUCAUGGAUCCUGAAAUCAAGGAGAUUAUAGGAGAGUGUAUCUGCCAAAAGAAAGAGGAGCGGUACACAAUUAAGGACCUGUUAAACCACGCUUUCUUUGCUGAGGACACAGGGGUACGGGUGGAGCUAGCUGAAGAGGAUGAUUGCAAAAAGGCCUCAAUAGCCCUGAAACUUUGGGUGGAAGACCAUAAGAAGUUAAAAGGCAAAUACAAGGAGAGCGGAGCCAUAGAGUUCACAUUUGACUUGGAGAAGGAGGUUCCUGAAGUUGUGGCACAAGAGAUGGUGGAGUCAGGCUUCUUCCAGGAGAGUGAUGCUAAGACUGUGGGAAAGUCAAUUAGGGAUCGUGUGGCUCUGAUCAAAUGGAGAAGAGAGAGAACAGUGUCUGCUGCGGUUGCAGUAGAUCAAGGUGAAGGGGGACAUGGGGCCCAGAUGACACCAUCUCAGGGAAUCCCUGCUGGGGCUGCACAUGUAGGACAACCUUUGCUGGAGCCAGAAGAGCCGGAAACAGAUCAGCACAACAGGCUGCGUAACCUACCAGCUAGUGCCACCUCAGUGACAUCAGACAGCACACUUGACAGUGGCAUGGGCUCAACUGUGUACUCAGACUCCCACAGCAGCCAACACAGUGUCCUCUACCAGUCCCUGCUGGAGCCUAUUACUAUGGCAACACAGCAGUGCCAGAGUGGUAACCCUCCCCUGACGGAUCGACCUCACUCCUGUGAAAAGGGUGAACUUUGGGGGGCCACAAUGAGCCCAGAGCUCAGGAAUCGUUUUGGAGCUGCAGCUCGGAGAGGAAGUGCCCCCGUUAUUGACACUCAAAGGGCAAACCGUGUUUCUCAACUCCAUGCGCAGUCCAUUCACUCUCAGAGAUCAAUGAGUCUUACCCCCACAGAACCAGAGAACCAGUCAUUACUUACCCUCUCUGAGCCUCAUUCAGAGGCUGAGGAAGGGCUCUGCUCCCAGAGUGCUCUGCCAGUUUUGCAGGUUACCCCUGUCAGUCCACAUUCCGAGUGCCGCCGCCUUAGUGACACUAGCAUCAGACAAUCGUCUGAGAACAUAACUGCCCAAACUGGACGCAGACACUCUGACCUUAGUAGUCUUCUUAGUCUAAACUCCCAUCACAACCACCAUGUGGCAGUGCAUCAAAGCCAAAUGUGUCGGGCCUGUCUCUGUUUGCUUCUUCUAAGGUCAAGAGAAGGCAGUCACUGUCGUUCUUCUGUUCUCAUUCCAAAUCACCUCUGUCCCUGUGACUUUAGACAACAUCUUUCCUCGGCUGGUACAAAAAACGUCCCUGAUUAUGGACGGCUGAAAGGUCCAAGUGAUAGUUCUGAUUUCUCACUUCUUCAGCAGUCCCUGUUCAAAAUAAUAAGCCGUAAAGCAACCCCUUGUCAAACCAAAGUCACCCAAGCUUCCAUGCUGAACUCCUCAGCUGUCCACAGGCCUACAUGCAGUGAUGGAGACAACAGUCUGAAGAGUCGUCUUCUGAGUGGCAGUUCAGUUGGGGAACAUGAACCCCUCCAGGAUUGCGAGGAUAGAUUCUGUGACGGAGAACAGCAAGUUACCAGGGCUGUAGGAGUGAAUAGUUCGACAGGUCACCAAAAUCAACCAUCUGCCCAGGGCCUGCCCUCAUCCAGCACAGCAGUGCACACAACACUACAGUAUCUCCAGCCAGGACACAGCUACCCUACUGCUCCAUAUACUGGCCAACAUAGUGUUCCCACACCAGAUCCAGCUAGUCUUUGCUCAGUCAACAUUCAGCAAACAGCCAGUGCUGCUGGCUUCACAUCUCAAAGUGUGCAACAGACCCAAGCUGCAUCAGCCGUACCACAACAUGUUGCACAGAGCUAUCAAACACAAGGCUACCAACUGCAGCAGGCAGCAACAGCAGGCUCUUCGACUUGCCCUUUGAAUGUUCAACAAACUUGUCAGAACUGUGUGGGCCCAACUCAGCAACAGGCUCAAUCUGCAUCAGGGUAUCCUGGUCUAGUUCAGCAACAGACUGUAGCAACAGCAGCAACCACUCUGCCAACACAGCAGCCAGCACAAAGCUUUCCUGUUGCAUCUGUAGCCACAGCCCAGUGUCAUCCUCCACAAGCUCUCAGAGCACUGCAACAGAUUCAAGCUGCAGUCAAGCUGCCAUGUCAGCAGUCUGGCCAGAGCUCUUCCACACCAGCACUUUACAACCAACAAAUACCCAUGCAGCCAGAGCACCAACAGCCUUUACAACAAAAUACUCAGUCCAAUAUACGACUAACACAGCAUGCUGGGCAAGCUUAUAUACAGCCUCAGCAGCAGCAUGGUCAAGAAACUCUACACACUGUACACCAACAUAUGGCACAACAAACGACCCACCAUCCACAAAGCCACCAGCCACCUGCUCAGCAACAAGUACAGAUCCCACCUCUGCAGAAGCACAGUCAGACAACCAUACAGACUGUAGUACCCCAACCGAUUCAGGAUGUAUCCCAGUCUACAGUUCAGCAGGUUCAGAAACCAGUUGCUCAACCUCAUCCUACAUCGACCCCAGCUGUGCAGGUUGGAGUCAUACACCAGAGUUUCCCUGCUCCAGGUCCACCUGAUACCGCCUCUCAGAGCUAUGCCCAUUCAGCCCACAAUGUGCUGCAGACACAGUCAGCAACAUGUCAGAGCCAGUACCUGCCUGCACAGUCUACUGCUUCACAGAUCUAUGGGGAAGCUAACCAGUUUCAACCCUAUCUUUGCAAUGCUGCUUUCCUGAAUCAGAACAUCCUAGCUAGUCAGAACAUAUCUCAGCUUGGACAGGACCGACAGGGCCUUGGGCAGAAUCUAGGCCAGUCAACUUUCAGUGUGCCACCUCAGGCACUUCCUCCUCAACCGCCUCUUGCUCAGUCUGCUGUCCACCAACAACUCCAACCUCUGCAGAUUUCAAACUUUCAACCAGCAGCACAUUCAUCCCAGUUUCCUUCACAGUAUCCCACAGUCCAGGUGAUGACAGCUGUGACUGACUGUGAAUCCUCCUACCCUCACUCUUGCACUGUCCCUAACCCUUCAACCUCCUCUUCUCUUAAUCACAUCUACCUUUCCCCAGGACAGACACUCCCUUGUACCCCCUCUGUCUCCCCCCUUUCUCCACUGCACAUUGAGAACACAUUAGUGCCCCCCAUCCCAGUGUCACUCAUGCCUUCACCAUCACACAUAGUGGGUAAGACGGGACCCACGUCCCCACAGCACCAGUCCAGUGUUAGAGCUGAAGCUUGUCAAUCACAACUUGCAUUUAUGUCAGCUUUGGCAACCCACCCCUUACACACACUCACAGCCACAUCUCAGAACACACACCCUCCCACAAAUGGCAGCACCCAACCUCUAAAACAG